GCAUCCUCAGAGUCUCCCCCAACCUAGACACCGAGGAGGGGACUUGUUUCCGGCAGUCGAGGGGCGCCGGCUGGGCUGGCGGUGCGCUACGGAGUGGUGUCCUGGGAGCACCGUCCUCCCACACGCCGGCGCCGGAAGCCCGGGCUGCGGCCGCGCCAGGAGAGCGCCGCUCUCGGCGCUAGGCCCGUGCGCGGCCAUGAACGGGACCGCGAACCCGCUGCUGGACCGCGAGGAACAUUGCCUACGACUCGGGGAGAGCUUCGAGAAGCGGCCGCGGGCCUCCUUCCACACCAUUCGCUAUGAUUUUAAGCCAGCAUCUAUAGACACUUCCUGUGAAGGAGAGCUUCAGGUUGGCAAAGGAGAUGAAGUCACAAUUACACUGCCACAUAUCCCUGGAUCCACACCACCAAUGACUGUGUUCAAGGGAAACAAACGGCCUUACCAGAAAGACUGUGUGCUUAUUAUUAAUCAUGACACUGGUGAAUAUGUGCUGGAAAAACUCAGUAGUAGCAUUCAGGUGAAGAAAACAAGAGCUGAGGGGAGCAGUAAAAUCCAGGCCCGAAUGGAACAGCAGCCUACUCGAACCCCACAGCCAUCACAGCCACCACCACCUCCACCACCUCUGCCAUUCAGAGCUCCAAUGAAGCCUCCAGUUGGACCCAAAACUUCUCCCUUGAAAGAUAACCCCUCACCUGAACCUCAGUUGGAUGAUAUCAAAAGAGAGCUGAGAGCUGAAGUCGACGUUAUUGAACAGAUGAGCAGCAGCAGUGGCAGCAGCUCCUCAGACUCGGAGAGCUCCUCGGGAAGCGAUGACGAUAGCUCCAGCAGCGGUGGCGAGGACAAUGGCCCCGCCUCUCCUCCGCAGCCUUCACACCCGCAGCCCUACAACAGCAGGCCUGCCAUUGCCAAUGGAACCAGCCGGCCACAAGGAAGCAGCCAGCUCAUGAACACCCUCAGAAAUGACUUGCAGUUGAGUGAAUCUGGCAGUGACAGUGAUGACUAGCACUGGAUCUUUCAAAAUCUACUUUUUGGUGCACAAACAUGCUGCAAGACCGGGCUACUUUAGCAUGGAGUCCAUUGCCAAGAGGAAAAUGUUAUCAAUCAGUGACUGUAGUAGGAGUUUGAGGCUCUGGAGCUCUCAGAUAUUCAAAUCUUUAACUUAGUGGUGAUGGGUGAUUUUCUCAUGUAAUUUUUGAACAAUCUCAUGUUUCAAAGUAGAUCUAUAGAAGAACUAACAGAAUUAUAUUUCUAUUUAGUUAACAUUGUUAAUGAGAAACAGACAAAUGUGCCCUGGUCUAGGUUACUCAAAGGCCAUGUCUUCACCAGGCCAGUCAGUUUGGCCAAGUGGUUUGCACCAGUGAAAUGAAACAGUCUUUGAGGGGAUAGGAGAGAGGGGGAAACCUCAAACUGCAUCACCGAAAUAUGUUAAAACCACUUUAAAUUGUUGACACAAAGUGGUAAGGAAAUGUCUGACCCAGCCUAAUAAGCCUGGGUGGAAAUGGAUUUCAAGACGGAGUGCUUGCGUGUCAGCUGGUUGGGAACCAGGAGAUCUGGCUGGCUCAGCCCCGCAUUUGCAGACUAGGAAAGGAAGCACACAGCCAGCUGUGGCAUCUCCUGUGCACCGCCUGCCCCGUUCCCAGGCUUUUCUCGUUACUCCCUCCCUUGAAUCUCUUUUGUUGGAAUCAGAGAUUUCUUAUACUUGGAACUUUUAGAUGUACAUUGGAGCUUCGAUUAGAUUCCAGAAGACAAAAGUGUUGGGUACUUCUAGCUUGAAUUCAGAUCCACACAGUCCCUAAACACGUGGGGCUGGGCGAGCAGAUUAAGCCAGCAGACACUGUGCUGAUGCACGCGACUGAAUUAAACUGGGGCUUUUGGUUCCAUGUGGAUCCAUAAUAAAUGUUCUUCAUUCAGUGGAUUUUAGCAGGGGGAGAUAGAAGUAGAAGAGAGGGGUAGUGAAGAACCUCUCUGAACAAAUGAACCAGCAGUAAGUUUCCAAAAACCAGUAUCUAGAUAGGAGUUCUGCAGUAGGAAAUGACACAUUCUUUGAUAGGGGAUUUCUGUUCAUGCUUUUGUACCACUGUUUGUGCCUGACUCCCAGACCGAUUUGUAUUCUUUAUAUACAACUAGAAGAAAGUCACAAGAUUGCCUUCUGCAGCGUGCAGUUUCCAAAUGAAUUUGUUGUUCCAGGAAACUGGUCACUAGUUAAUGUUCCAUAUUGAGUGAAUAUGUGAUAAAUUGUCCUGUAAUGAUUAUAGAGUAGCCCAUUUUUGUAGUUUGAACACGUCCUGAGAAAUUUCCGUCAGGACAGUAAUAAUAAUUUUUCCUCUGAGUCCCCCCACUCAGAUGGCCUCCCUCACCCCAGCUAGUGGAGGGAAGUAGUUUAGACCUGGAAAGGUAAUAGUCUGUGGUGGGGGAUUUGGUUUGAAUUGUACCUUGUAGAGUUGACAGUUUUCAUCUGCAUGGUGACCCCAGUGAGCUGGAGAUGGGGCAGAGCCAUUGCCCAGCAGCACGCUCACACCACUGCCCCCAAGUUUAGGUAAUAGGUGUGCGCUAGUACUCUGUGGUGGGUUCUCAGCUGUCGUGAAGUUGUGACGUUUCAGUGGAUUUAGUGGCAGAUAGGAACUUAUUUACAGUGAGUUGAUAAUGACAGCUCAGGGAAGGUGAAGGUCAUGAUUGGGAGACUUGAAUCGUUACUGGGUGUGGGAAUUGUUUCACUACUCUUAACUUGCUCAAACUGGGGCAGGUUCUAGGAACUUGAACUAAAAAUAUCUAUUUAAGCCUCUCUUUUUCUUUCCCUUUUUUCUUCGAAAGCCUUGAUUUAUUUAUAUAGACAAAACUGUGGUUCUUGGUAUGUUGGGCCAAGAUAUUUGUUUCUAUAGGAAAUACUUGCAUGUGGCACUGGGGUCAGUGAGUUUGGCUUUCUGAGCUUCAGACCCUUCCUCCCUGUCAUCUGUCCAACACCCGAUGGUUACUCUAUAGCACAGGCCCAGUUUUCUCUGCACAAAACCUUUGGUGGUUCCGGUCCCCUACCCCCUAUUUGUACCCACCAGAGUAAGGAAUCUUUUUCUUUUUGGAAAUCAAGAAUUUGGCCUCACAGAUGGCUUCUCAUAAGUACCCUUGUGCCAGCCAAACUAGACUUGGUUCUUCUUGCCUCUGUGCCUUCUCUCAGCCUCUCCUCCUCCCUUCCACCUCCAAACCCCACUCCUGAGGCUCUGUAGGGCCAUCUUCGUGGACGCUUUUUCUGUUUCAACCACAUGGAAUGUCCUGUGUGUACAUUCCUUUCUGUUGCCUGAAUUCGAGUUGGCAUGAGCUCCUUUAAAGCAGAGACCAUCACUCUCAUCUCUAUUCCUUGGUGUGUCCACAGGAAUAGACAUUCAGAUGCUUAUAGCCUGGUGGGGGAGGAGGCAGAGAAAACUAACCAGUGAAGUACAGGGGAUAAGACAUAGAGAAAACAUUCCAGGCAUUUGGAGACAGCUGAAAAUAUCAUGUUGAUUUUCAUGAUUUAGAAGUUUUUAACUGAAUUGUUAAAAUUGCCUUUUCUUUGCUCUAUACAAUGUCUACUAUACUGUGGGUCAUUUAGGCAAAAUGAAAAGACUUAAGUCUAAAGUGUCUGAAGUGCCACAGCAAGCCUUAGUAAAGAUGUGAUUUGGGGAAACUUAAUACAAAUAAACUAGAGAUUUGUAAUAAUGCCACUCAUGAACUAUUUUAUUUCUGUAGCAGAACCAUUUUUUCUAUGGAGGUAUUAAUAUGUAUGUGUAUCAGUGGUGGGAAAACUUGAAAAUUCCAAAAUCCUUACUUCCCUGUUUGAGAGGCUGGUUCAGCAGUGUGUGUGUGUUUGAGAGAGAGUGUGUGAAUGAGAGAAUGAAUGAUGUAUUUAUUACAUUAUUACAUUAUUUUGGAAGAGAAUUAGUCUGUUAUGUGGAUAUAUAUUAGGUACAGCCAAAUUGGAUGUUUCCAUUUGGCAAGGAAGGUAGGAUUUCUGAAACUCAGGCCUUAACCAGUAGGUUGGAAGAGAAGACCAAUUGAAGCGUUAUGAAAUGUAUGUUUUUAUUGCUCCCGUUAUUUCUCUGUUGGGUUCAUUGUUUUAUUUGCUUCAAUGAUUUUUAAAAUUUUGUGCCUAAAAGUUUAUUUCGCUUAAUAAUUAAGUAGACAUGCACGUUUACAUUUAUGUAAAAUAUUUGCUGUGUAAAGUUUUUUUUUGUUUAUUCUCUUAAAAGAUCAUUGUAUUUAAAUAAAAAUGAAGGUCAACAAUACA